AGGGCGGGGUUUAGCUACGUACUUCUGUCGAGAACAACCCGCCUGCCAGCCAGGCGCUCCUGAGCGGAUUGGCUCAUGUCAAAAGAGGGCGGGGUUAGAAGCGCGUUUCCUACGAAGCCGAGCCUUCGAGCCCGUGAGCCUCCUAGGCGCGUUCCCGGCACUGAGGAAUCCGACGUUCCCCCACGUUGGAGUGAGUGACAGAGAUAGUGCGCGCCGCCUCCGCCCCUCCCCUCCCUGCUCGGGAAGCUCCCACAGACACUCCGUGAAGCGCCGCCGCUGUCGGACCUCGGACAGGCGACAAGAUGCCGGCGGUGUCGAAGGGAGACGGAAUGCGCGGCCUGGCGGUCUUCAUCUCCGACAUCAGGAACUGUAAAAGUAAAGAAGCAGAGAUCAAACGGAUCAACAAAGAGCUGGCCAACAUCCGCUCCAAGUUCAAAGGAGAUAAGGCCCUGGAUGGCUACAGCAAGAAGAAGUAUGUGUGCAAGCUGCUCUUCAUCUUCCUUCUGGGCCACGACAUCGACUUUGGCCACAUGGAGGCGGUGAACCUGCUCAGCUCCAACAAGUACACGGAGAAGCAGAUUGGCUACCUGUUCAUCUCGGUGCUGGUGAACUCCAACAGCGAGCUCAUCCGUCUCAUCAACAACGCCAUCAAGAAUGACCUGGCUAGCAGGAACCCCACCUUCAUGAACCUGGCGCUGCACUGCAUAGCCAACGUGGGCAGCAGGGAGAUGGCCGAGGCCUUCGCUGCCGACGUCCCCCGCAUUCUGGUGGCCGGGGACACCAUGGACAGCGUAAAGCAGAGUGCCGCCCUCUGUCUGCUGCGGCUCAACAGAACCUCGCCGGACCUGGUACCCAUGGGCGAGUGGACGUCCCGUGUGGUGCACCUGCUCAACGACCAGCACUUGGGUGUGGUGACCGCCGCCACCAGCCUCAUCACCACCCUGGCCCAGAAGAAUCCGGACGAUUUCAAGACCUCAGUGUCGCUAGCCGUGGCCCGACUCAGCAGGAUUGUGACUUCCGUCUCCAUAGACCUGCAGGACUACACCUACUACUUUGUCCCUGCCCCCUGGCUGUCAGUUAAAUUGCUGCGGCUGUUGCAGUGUUACCCGCCCCCAGAGGAUGCGGCAAUCCGCAGUCGGCUCACCGAGUGCCUGGAGGCCAUCCUGAACAAAGCCCAGGAGCCGCCCAAGUCCAAAAAGGUGCAGCACUCCAACGCCAAGAAUGCCGUGCUCUUCGAGGCCAUUAGUCUCAUCAUCCACCAUGACAGUGAGCCCACGUUGCUGGUGCGUGCCUGUAACCAGCUGGGCCAGUUCCUACAGCAUCGCGAGACCAACCUGCGUUACUUGGCCCUGGAGAGCAUGUGCAUGCUGGCGAGCUCCGAGUUCUCCCACGAGGCGGUCAAGACGCACAUGGAGACGGUCAUCAGUGCCCUCAAGACGGAGAGGGACGUCAGCGUGAGGCAGCGGGCUGUAGACCUACUGUAUGCCAUGUGUGACCGCAGUAACGCGCAGCAGAUCGUCGCUGAGAUGCUCAACUAUCUGGAGACGGCCGACUACUCCAUCCGGGAGGAGAUUGUGCUGAAGGUGGCCAUCCUGGCUGAGAAGUACGCAGUGGACUACUCGUGGUACGUGGACACCAUCCUCAACCUGAUCCGCAUCGCCGGGGACUACGUGAGUGAGGAGGUGUGGUACAGAGUCAUCCAGAUUGUAAUCAACCGUGACGACGUCCAGGGCUACGCUGCCAAGACCGUGUUUGAGGCUCUGCAAGCACCAGCCUGUCAUGAAAACCUGCUCAAAGUUGGAGGGUACAUCCUGGGAGAGUUCGGAAACCUCAUCGCCGGGGAUCCACGGUCCAGCCCCCUGGUCCAGUUCAACCUGCUGCACUCCAAGUUCCACCUGUGCUCGGUGCCGACACGUGCCCUCCUGCUCUCCACCUACAUCAAAUUUAUUAACCUGUUCCCCGAGAUCAAGGGCACCAUCCAGGAGGUGCUGCGCUCCGACAGCCAGAUCCGCAACUCGGACGUGGAGCUGCAGCAGCGCGCUGUCGAGUACCUGCGCCUCAGCUGCGUCGCCAGCACCGACAUCCUGGCCACUGUGCUGGAGGAGAUGCCACCCUUCCCUGAGCGCGAGUCCUCCAUUUUGGCCAAGCUGAAGAAGAAGAAGGGGCCGGGGGCGUUGCCUGACGUGGAGGAGGUCCGCAAGGAGAAGAAUACCAGUGUCAAUGGGGGUGUGGAGCCUCUCGGAGCCAGCGUGAUCACCAAGAGCUCUGCCCCCUCCUUCAUCCGUGACCUCCUGGCUCCUGCUCUGCCCCCCACCAAUCGACCACGCCCCGUCUCCUCUUCUGUCCUCCUCCCAGCCCCCCUCACCCCACUUCCCCCUCAGGCCUCCGUUGUCACCACAGUGCCUCCUGCCGGCUCCACCCUCCAGGCCACACCCCCAUCCUCUACUGACCUCCUCAGCCUCAGCAGCCCUACAUCCCUCACACCGGCCUCGACGUCGUCAACCGCCGCCAGCCUGCUGGUGGAUGUGUUCUCUGAAAACCAUGUGCCCGCUGCUCCAGGAGCCCCCUUGGGGCCUGUUGCUGAUGACAACUUCUCCAGGUUUGUGUGUAAAAAUAACGGCGUCCUGUUUGAAAACCAACUGCUCCAGAUCGGCCUCAAGUCAGAGUUUAGACAGAACCUGGGUCGCAUGUACGUCUUCUACGGCAACAAAACCUCAACACAGUUCCUGAAUUUCUCGCCUUCCGUUAUCUGCCAGGACGCCCUAAAGACUCAGCUCAACGUACACUCCAAGCCUGCGGACCCCACUGUGGAAGGUGGAGCGCAGCUGCAGCAGGUCCUCAACAUCGAAUGUGUGUCUGAGUUUGUGGAAGCGCCCAUCCUUAACAUCCAGUUUAGGUAUGGUGGAAUGCUGCAGAACAUCGCCGUCAAGCUCCCCAUCACCCUGAACAAGUUCUUCCAGCCCACGGAGAUGACAUCACAGGACUUCUUCCAGCGCUGGAAACAGCUGAGCGCGCCUCAGCAGGAGGUGCAGAAGAUCUUCAAAGCCAAGCAUUCCAUGGACCCGGAGGUCACUAAAGCCAAGAUCAUUGGAUUUGGUGUCGCCCUGCUGGACCGCGUGGAUCCGAACCCGUCCAACUUCGUCGGUGCCGGAGUCAUCCACACGAAGAUGACGCAGGUGGGCUGCCUGCUGCGACUGGAGCCCAACACACAGGCACAGAUGUACCGCCUGACGCUGAGGACCAGCAGGGACACGGUUUCGCAACGGCUCUGUGAGCUGCUCUCAGAUCAGUUCUAGAUGGAGGGGUUGAGAGCCACAGCAUCAGCCGAGCCGCAGAGCCCCGCUGAACCAGAUCCUGCAUCGCUGCCCACCCAAGUGUCCUUGUACACUUCAUCUCCUUUACAUUUCUUUGAAAUUUGCAUUGGAAUUGCUUCAGUGUACAGUGUAAAUUUUGUUAUUUUUUUACAUAUAUGAAACGAGUACCUUUCUGUCACUUAGCCUUACUAAUAAUUCACCGUUUGCAUGCGGGCCGUCCUGUGUUUUUGUGCAUGCUUUGGAAACAGGCUUUAGUUAAUUCCUUAUAGCCAGCUGCUUACCUGCCGAAGGGGGUUCCGAGUAUCAGAGUGGUCUUUGGUGAUGUUCCCCGGACCCCUGUGCGUGGUCAAAUGGGUCGAGAUGUGGCUCCUGUGCUGCCGCACCGCUUGCCUCCUGGGCUGGUGCCUCUACCGUCGUGCCUUUGUGCCCAGAGUCUCUGAUGGGGUCUGUCCUGCCUGAGUGACCUCUGGACUGUCCCUGUCCUCUGAAUCUAGAUGUCCUGUUUCCUGAUCACCUGCUGAUUUCCUACCAAAGUUUUGUGCACCUCUGUGUUGCUUUGGUGGCCAAUUUGCCCCCGUUGAGUCCGUGUCUCCUGGCACUAGCAGGCCGACGCUCUCCCAGGGACGAGUGCAGGGCUGCUUUAAACAGAAGUGCCUCAAGGCUCAUGCAGCUCCACCCGCACGUUUUGUGUGUGUGCGCGUGUGUGCAGGCAUGUUGAACAGCCUCAGCACAGGGAAUUCAAAUGGACUCUCCUGUCUGUCUUAAACCCCCCCUGAGACCCCCCUCCCCAACCAAAACAUGCCCUGAGGAAAAGUGCCUCCAUCUCACGGAAUAAUCAAGUGCCUCCUCAGUGUGUGAGUCAGCAGAGAUCCCAGAGAUGUGACACCCCCAUGCUCUCCAUUGGAUGCGCUCCUACUUGCGGGAUAAUGGUGGUCUUCUCAGACAUGUAAGGGCAAUGUUUACGUUCUCAUAGACCACGUCAGCAUGCCACUGAAACGUCUCUCUCUGUGCAAGAAGUUUCGUUUCCCUGGACAAGGAAGGAUCUUUAUCGGUGCGUGAAGCCCUGGAACUUGAGCUUGAGCUGGAGCGUGACUUCAUUCAGCAAGAAGCAGGGUGGAUCCUUGCAGAUCUGCGGUUUGAUGGAGCCAACUUCACAGCUGUGUGUGCUUGUGAGACACAAGAAGAUUGCGCCCUUGUCCCCUCCAGAGAAGGUUGCUUGGUGUUACAGGACGGCUCACCAUGGGCUGUCCUCCCUUCCCUUGCUGUGCCUUCAACUGCUACCAUUUUGUCUCUUUCAUGAAAAGUUUUUUUUUCUUCCCCUGUUCUGUAUCAUAUUCCAGCCCAUUAAACUUCAGCGUAUCACUUUUUU